GAGCGUAUGUUCCUACCCGAAGUGUAAAACAUGGUGCACAAUUGAAGCUAGUGUUUGGCAGUUUUUUAACAUCUCGGUUGUUUCCAGUUUCACUCAGGUAAGUCUGACUGUUGUUUUUUAAUAUUUACAGAGAUGUUAAAUGUCGGGAAGGUUGUGUUCCAGUAUUGAGAGUAAAGUUGAAGUCCUCCAGCCGUGAGGUUUGUGAGGUUACCUGCGCAGGUAAAAAGGACAGUUUGGUGUUUUGUAGUCGCAGCUGUGUUAGCUUUAGCUUACCUGGAGAUGCUAACCUGAGAUUAAAUAGAUAUUUAUCUCUUUUUCAACGCGUGAAUGUAAGUUAAAGAUAUCGUAUCUAAUAACACGCAGUAAUAUCGUCAAAAACAGAAAUAUUAACCUUUAGAAAACCAGUGAAGUCAUUUCCUGCUGAAUAUAAAUCCACAUUAUAACCUGCUGUUAGAAAGGGUUGCUGUUAAUGUUGACAAAGCUUGUGUCUGCUGCGAAAAGCAGGUCUGACAUGUUUACCAUAUAAAUAUAUAGUCAUAUUUAGCUAGUUUCGAAUGGGAAGCUACGAAUGACAUUGACUCAUGUUACUGUAAUGGGUCUUCUGUGUACUUGUUCUUUUUAGAGUAGUUUUAUAACACAAUAUUAUACACUGCAUCAGUUAUUGAGUAAACUAUCACAUAAAAAAAACACCUACACACUUCAUUCCAAAUCCAAAUAUCUGAAUUUGUCUACGUCCAGCUAUUUCAUUACACUUUAUUUUACCAACUGUGACCUGAAGGUCUGAAUAAAAGUCUUAUUUUAAGAUAUUUAAAACAAAAUUAUUCUCCUAAAGAGUCUUAAAGCUCCCUUUAGGAAUUUUUUUGGGGUUGUGAAACAAUGAAAUUAACAGUGACGUGUCUCUGAUGUACAAUAUUUGCUGUGAAAAAGCACAAAAGGUUAUUUCCUCAGUGUACCAACCCCCGCGCAGAAGUUAAAAACAUUAAAAAUACAAAAAUGGAAUUGCCAAUAUUGUCAUUAAUGGGCUCAUUUGCCUUUUCAACAGUGAAGAAACACAAAAGAACAUACUGUACAUAUGGAAAUAUUGAAAAAAACGCUGCAGAGUUCAUCAGUACCUUGACUCUGGAGAGGUGUGGAGUCAACAUUACUUCACAUAUUAAUGCUUCCUGAAUUAGUUAGAUUAACAAACUCAAGUUACAAUUCUACCUGUGUAAAUGGUGAUUGAAGUAACUGUACUUUUUCUUGAGUAGAAUAUUUUAGUAAUGGUCCCACCUCUGAUUUUACUAUCUGCCUUUUGUUACUCACACACUUUAAAAUGUGUUUUUUUUUUUGCAUAUAAUCUUCUGCUGGUCUAAAAAACCCACUUUUAUUCCUUAGCUUUUGACCCAGCAUGAGACGGCAUUUCUUUUAUUGUUUUUUUAUUGUUUUAUUCCUUUAAUUAUAUUUUAAAACAACUACUUAUUGUUGUUUUAUGUUUUUAUGUUAUGUACAAUACUUUGUGUCAGCUUUGUUUGUAUUCAAAGUGCUCUAUAAAUAAAGUUGAGUUGAGUUACAGACCAUAAGGUUGUUGUGGUAUAUGUUGAAGCACAGGAGAAUAGCUUCGUGUACAUCAGACAGAAUAAAAUCAGAUUUCUUUGCCAACUCUUCAGCCUCUCUGGUUCCUGUGAUUGUGACAAGAGUGAUCUCACACCGUCUCAUCUGUUUCCUUCAUCUCCAUCCAGCUCAUGGACUGACAUCAGCCAGCAGAGAUGCUGCUCAAAGAUCUUCCCCGAGAGGCCUUGAUGCGGCCGUUAUCCAGGAAUGAAGUGCUGGGAAUGCUGCUGAGGCUGACCAUCUUUGGAGCAGCGACUUAUUACAGCAUCAAAUGGGUUGUUGACGCAAUGGACCCAACGUCCAAACAGAAAAGCCAAGCCAAGAAAAGGGUACAGAGAUAUGCUGUUGUAUAGCUGAGUGGAGGAUUUGACCGGGUUGUUUGCUGUCAGAGUAAAAGACGAGGUUAAAAAGUAUUUGUGUCUCAUCUCUGCAGGCAGAACAGCUGAUGAAGCGGAUCGGCGUUGAGGGGGUCAAACUAACAGAGUAUGAAAUGAAUAUUGCUUCUCAUCUUGUUGAUCCGCAGACUAUGAAGGUAAUAUUUGUAAUCCAGCUCGUGUUGUUGACAUUUUUAUCCCCUGUUACAUUUCCAAACACUUUCUAGAAGUGGAUGUUUUUCACUGUGUUCUUCCCUCCUGCAGGUGACCUGGAGAGAUAUCGCAGGUCUGGAUGAGGUCAUAAAUGAGCUGCAGGACACAGUCAUCCUGCCCUUUCAAAAGAGACACCUUUUAGCAGGAUCCAGACUCUUCCAGCCUCCUAAAGGUACGACAGCAAACACAUUUAAAGAACAGCAAUGGACAAACUGAACACAAAACUAUAACACAAGAUAUUUUACACACAGGAAUUAUAAUUGAUAUCAAAAUGAACCGACAACACUUUCGUUUGUCACUCACUUGGAUCACAGAUAACAAAGAUGUUAUUUGUAGUGAAUGUAUUAAGAUAUUAAAACAAGUUAUGGAGAAAUUAAUAAAAAAUAAAAAAAACUUUAUCUCCAGCGAAAUUAUUUUCUAUAACCAAACAAGUGGAAUAUUAACUGCUUAGUUCAAUCAAGUGCAGUGUGCAAAAGUUAAUAAAUGUCUGUCUGCCUGAAUAUUCGACUGAAACCAUCUGUGGACCCUGGAGCUUUUAUUUCCAGGAAAAGAUUUUUACUGAAUGGACAGAAACUGGAUGAAGGUCUGAAAAUAAAACUCCACCAGUCGAGGCCACUUGAAAAAUACUUGUUUGCCCUGUCUUAGAAGUCAAGCAUGACUUAGCUUUUAUUUGUCCCUCGAGUGUGUGAGUGUGUGAAAGUAGUUCAAGUGUUUAAACACUAGAAAUCCUUCAACGUGCCAGAGUGGGUCUGCGUUUAAAUCUCACGGUUGAUUUUGUUUGAAAAAGUGUUUUCUGGAUUAAAUGUGGGUCUUUUAUUGGAUUUAUGUAGAGAGGACAAGACAGGAGACGGAGCGUGAGAGAGAGAGAGCAGAGAGUGACAUACAGUAAAGGAGCUGAAAGUGGGCCACAGACUAAGUCCUACCUUUGCCCUUUGCUCUAGUUUCCUCCACAUCCAAAGAAAUGCUUGUUAACAGAAUUUGUCUCCAGUGACAGACGGGUGAGCGGUCCAGGGUUUGACCUGCCGCUCGCCCUCUGGUGACCUCUACUGGGAUAGGUACAUAAUAACUGGAUGGAUCUAAGUGAAUCAGUAAGAUUUAAAGGAUAUUCUGGCGUAAAAUUAAUUUAAUUUUUCAUUUAAUUUCUGCUGGAAGAGAGUAGGUGAGUUGUGUUUAGUCUCUAUGUGAAAGAAAUUAGGCAGAGUUAAAAAGAUGUUUUAGCAUUAUUUGUGGCUAUAGAGUGGCGUUUUGGUUGAGGUUUGUUUAUGGCUCCUUAGACUGCUGUGUAUUGGUCGUUACUAAAGUUGGUAUAACUAGAGAAGCAAGCGGUCGGCAACAUUCACCUCUGGAGGGGGUGUCUAACUCAGUGUUACGGUGUAUUUGACCCUAAAUUAAUUUUAUGCCAGAAUAUCCCUUUAAGUCACGGUUAUGAUUUUGUGGUGAAGCUCUCCAGUUUGUUUCUCCUUUUCUUCUUGUUUUAUAAAGUCAUCUGGAGCGUUUCGCCUCAACCCAGAGCUACAGUACGUGCCAAAAAGUAUCAGACAGGAUUUGUACACUUGGCAGCCUGUCAGCACAUGAUCACUUGGAGGAAUAUUUAACUUUCUCUGUUUGUUUUUAUGGUUUGGCACGGAGCUCUGCACAAAGCCUCAGGAUGAGUCAACCUCCAAAAUUAGCUGCUUUGGACUCCAGUUCUUUUGCCAGUCUCAAAUGCUUAUUCAUAGCAUUUAACUUUUCUAAUAUGGAGUUAGUUAGGCCAGAUUUUCUGUUUGUACGUGUGUCAAAAAGAGAAAAAACUCUGAAACUGAAAUAAAAAUACUAAGCCUAAGCGGAUCAACUCCGAAUUUUAUUUUUUUUUACAGGCAUAGAAGUAGCACAUAUUUGAAAAAUAGUUAUAUCUAGUUUAUAACAGGAGCUUAAAUGACAAAACUGUUUAUAUAUAUAUUUUUUUUAUGUGCCUACAGGUGUUUUAUUGUUUGGUCCUCCGGGAUGUGGGAAGACCUUGAUCGCCAAGGCAACAGCCAAAGCGUCCGGCUGCAAGUUCAUCAAUCUCCAGGCCUCCACGCUGACAGACAUGUGGUACGGAGAGUCACAGAAGCUGACCGCUGCUGUCUUCUCAUUGGCUGUUAAAAUCCAGCCCUGCAUCAUCUUCAUUGAUGAGAUUGGUGAGCCUCCCAAACUGUAAAAAGAGCUUUGACAUGUUGUAUUUUCAGUUUUCUGUCAGCUUUACCCUUUAGAGCAAAAAUGACAUAAAAAGCUGACACUGAUAUCACUUCGAGGUUCUGACAGUUUUUUUUUAUGAGCAGCUUUUUUGAUGAUUUUUGCAUCUUGGCAGGCGGGCAUCAAAUUUUCUAUGGCAGCAUUAAAAUCCAAAAAAGAAAUUUUUUUAAAUAGAUUUGCUGCUCAAUAAAGCGUAAAGUAGUGAGUCAGUUUUGAAACAGACUGUCAGAUUCAGUCACUUUUUAUUCUGUCAAUUUAAUUUACAACAUCAAAACUCAACCUGACAUUUCCUCUAAUGUACACGUGGAUGUAAACAAAACUAUCACAAUCAUCUUUAACCUUAUAAAACCGGACAUUAGACAUGAAGUGAAAUUAAAACAUCCCCUCGUACUUUAGAUUCGUUUCUGAGGAACCGCUCCAGCCUGGACCAUGAGGCCACAGCCAUGAUGAAGGCCCAGUUCAUGAGCCUGUGGGACGGCCUGGAUACUUCCUCAACCACCCAGGUGACACAAACAAAACACUGUCAGACUCUGAUGAACUGUCUCUGGAGGUGGAUUUGAAAUAAUGAACACGCAGGACUUUGUACCUGGUCCUGGUUUUGUCCUCAUUGUGUAUUCAUGUUGUGAUUCCUGUGGUUUUAAGGUGAUGGUUAUGGGAGCAACAAACAGACCACAGGAUGUUGAUCCUGCCAUUCUGCGCAGGAUGCCCACCACUUUUCACGUUGGCCUGCCAGUGAGACACGAACACACAAGCACACACAGUUUUCUUAUUGGGUUUAAUUAGGACUUUAGCUGUAAAUAAAACAACAAUCCAUUGACGUGUUUUCCAAAACAGAGGGUAGAGCUUGAAUCCAGUCCAGUAAAGUAAAAGAUACAACAAAUAUUUCAAAUCAAACACAGAGCUGUCUUUGAUCUCCUCCUAAAUGAGGUUAUAUCUUCUUGCUUUAAAUCUUUUACCACAUAAACUAAAAUGUCUUCAGGCAGUUGAAAAAGCACUCGGACAAAUGUGACAGGAAUGAAAACUCUCUCUCUUUGUCUUCACAGAACACCAGACAAAGACAGGACAUCUUGAGGCUGAUCCUCGCAGGAGAAAAUGUAAGACGUGAUUUCUUUUCACCCCCGACGUCUGUGAAAAGAGUCAUUCUCGUCACUUUUCCCUUUUGUCAUUCUCAAAGACCAUUUCACACCUGUAUUUUCCCUGUCAAACCACAUUCAAGUCAGUCUGAUCAGCCAUGAACGGUGACAGCAAACACAUGAAUUCUGUGUAAGUGUCUCAUUUUGUUUUCAUGCUUUUCUGCUCAGCUGAGCAAUGCCAUUAAUCUGAAGGAAAUCGCCGAGAGGACAGAUGGUUACUCUGGCAGUGACCUCCGGGAGCUUUGCCGCGAUGCCGCCAUGUAUCGAGUCCGUGACUACGUCCGCAAGGAGCAGAUGAGGCAGAUCGUUCAGCAGCUAAAGGACGGCGAUGAGGAGGAGGAGGAGAGGUAUGACUCAUGUCCAAACACCCACCAGAUUUCAUCACAAUGCAUGUGUCCACUGAGCGUGUCUUUGUUUAGCUGCUGCAGCGGCCCUGAACAGCGUGAGGUUAGACCAGUGUUGAUAGCAGCUUUAUUUAGAGUGAUGAAUAAAUGUGACUUUACAGCGACACAACGUAAUCAUUCUCUUUAUAAAAAAUAAGGAUUCAAGCUCUGAAAUAUUUAGACAAAACAGGCAGCUGUUCAAGUGCUUCAAAGAUGGAUCUUGUUGGUUUAAAUAACAUCUGAUCUUUCAUACGAGAUAAAAAAAAAUCCAAAUCACGUAACCCGAGCCUUCGCUGUUGCCUGUUGCUAAGCGACAGUUAAAAGCCCUCUUGAAGCACGGCAUUAUUUCAAAAUAAGAAAUAUUUCUCUCCUUGAUUGAGCUCUCUGAUCAUUUCCAGUUCAGCUCCAGACACAUUUUUUCACAAGGUUGAAACUUGUUUCAAAUAAAAGAGGAAAAAAUAAAAGUGCUCAAAGCUCCCCUUGAGUAUAAUAUGGUGUAGUACACUACAGUAUAGGAAAGUCUAGUUUAAAUAAGCUUUAAGUGUAGUAUAGUACUCAUCAUUACAAUAAUAGUGUGAUGACAUAUGGAGUUAACCAUAUCUGCUGCUUAUUAAUGAUACAGUGGGUUUGUGAUGGGACAUUAUGCUUCCAUGCUACCGGCAAUAAUUAGUCCACAGCUGUGUUUUAUUAUCCCAGAUUAGUGACAUCAGCUAAUACACUUUUUAAAUAUUCAUUACGAACAUAUUAUCUUACAAUAAAUUAUAUGCAGUUGCAACCAGACUGUAAUGAUUGCAUGAGCUCCUUUAGUCAGCUGGCACGCUCGCUGGACAAGCAGGAUUAUUAAAGGGAUUAAAAGGAUGGUUUUAUGAACUGCCGGCUGAUAAACAACAACAAAAAAAUAUAUAAUCAAGAAGUCAUUAUUGUCGAUCCUCCUUUGAAGGAUGUGUCAGUCCUCUGUGCAGCUGGUUAAUCCCUGUUAAAGUGUCGUUCUCAUACAGACAGACUCUCCAUGGAGUUGAAGAGUCUGUCUCAGGAAAGUUUUAAACAACAGGAUAUCAGCACUUCGUAUCCUGCUCUGUAAUUAUCAGCAUUAACAAUCCAAACACUAAUACAGACUGAUAACUAAUAUCAACAUAGGCCUGUUUUCGUCCAGACAGCUGCUGUAGUCAUCUGCUUUAAGGUUUGUUGGUCUGCGCCCGGCCGUGUUUGUCUUGAGGUACCAGCCUCUCACAUGGCCAAAUGUUGUUGCACAGAGAGUGGUCUUCAAGGGUCAAAGGUCACCCACAGGAAAGGGGAUAUAUGAGAAAAACUCAGAUCUCCCUUUUUAAACCCAAGAACAUUAGAUUUAAAAGAUGUUAAAAUGGUCACUGUAAGAGUAGUAUUAUUACCUGUGUACACUUACCAGUGUGAAAUCAGUACACUGCCUUUGUGUUUAUUUGUUUAUUUUUUUUUUGCACCGUUUAAUCAAGUAUACAAAGAAACUGAAAUAACAAGUUAUAAGUAGUGCAGGGAGAGGCAGAGAACCACAAAAGUAACUUUAAAAAAUUUAAAAUGUACUCAACAUAUGUACAUAUCAGAAAAGAAUAAUAAAAAAAGGCGACUCUAAAAUUAUGAGAAACAAGUAACUGAAAAUAUACAACUAAAAAAAAGAGAAAAGAAAAUAUUAAAAAUAUAAAAUGUGUGUGUGUGUGUGUGUGUGUGUGUGUGUGUAUGUAUGUUGUUACUCCAGAGAUAAUUACACAAACAAUAAAAAAAUAAUAAUAAAUUAAAGGAUUAAACAAUUACACGCAAAUAACAUGAAAAAGAAAACUUUGACCUCUGACCUCCUGUUUUUGUCACCUGCAGGCCUGUGGAUGAGGACCGGUUGCGGCCGGUCACCCAGCUGGACCUCCUCUUUGGCCUCGACAAGAUGAAGGAAUCAAAGCGGGCCACCGCCUCCAUGUUACCCAGUGUGGCGGAGGUUCCCCUGGACUGAACGCCAACACCGCACAGUCGAUGAGAACUUUUUAUUUUUUUUCUCGCCACAGAUCACGCUCCACGGCGCACUCCUCCUCGUGCAGGUGCUGGUCACAGGUGCUGUUAGGAAAAGUCAGCAAACAGCCAUAUUUACUUUAUGAAAUAUGUUUAUUUAUGUAGGAGCUUUAUGUGUACAGUUACAAUAUGUUUAAAACUUGAAUGUCUCCAAGAGGCAACCUGUCAGGAGCAGAGGAUUUUUAUUUCAUUAUUUUAGAAAACUUUAACCACUCCACUCCACAAGAGUAUCAUCUGAUCACUGGUAUGCACAUGAUCCUACAAGGGAAGUGAGUGUAACAACUCAUGAAUGAUGUGUCGUCUGAAAUCUGGACUCCAAACCAGUCUGAUGCUUUUAGUUCUUAUUGAUAAGAAUAACAGGGAUCACUUCUGUUCUGCUUUGUUGUUGUUUUUAGACAAAUAUGUUCGAAUCAUAUUGAGUAAAUCACUUUAAGGAGAUAAAUAUAUGUCCUUUCAGGUCAUUUGGGCUUCAAAGAUUGCUUUACUUUUUCUCAUUUCCAAAUGUUUCAGUACAAUUUUUACAAAUAUCAGAUGUUCUAGUAAAAUUUCAUUUCAUUUUUUUCAGGAUUGUCAGACUCAAGGCUGUCACAAUAUCAGACUGUCACCUAGUAAUUAAGCACAUGAAAUAUCAGAACAACAAUAUUAUCACACAAUAUUUCAACGAUAAACAUAUCACUUCAUAAAAUGUUAAAAGUUCAAUAAAUUAGAGACUCAAAGAUGGACAAGCUCAUCAGUGGGUUUUUCUUCCACUUUAAAUCUUUGAACCAAAUUACUCUCAGUAUUACUUUUGCUCUAUUUGAGGAUGAUAUCAACAUAAGAUAUGUUUUUAAAAGACAGUUUUCAUCAGUACUGAAACAUUAGGAAUACAAAGACUUGGACAUGAGGUGUGUGUUUAACAGUUUUAAAGACAGAUUUAAAAAUAACUCUGUUCUUUAUCUUUUACCUCAUAUCACAUCACUGGACUUGAAUCAAAGUGACAUGUUCCUGAUUUGUUCCAACAUUUGAAGCAUCACUUUUUAUUCCACGUCUUUUGUCUCUUACUUCCUUGAACAUUUGUGGCGACUGUCAUCAUGUGAUAUGCUCCAUGUAACGAGUUACUGCUCCAAAGGAGUGCAAAACCUGAAUAUUUCAUUUGAAAUUACAGUAACCUUAUGAUAGUUGAGUGUUUGUUUUCUGUAGAUAAAGUAAAGGAAGAGGAGUGCAGCAAAUUCUACCGAUUCAUGACUUUAUAACAGCCAAAGAGCAACUUUGGGGACAGCUUCAACCACGUUAAAGAUAUUUCUGUACCUUUGUGCAGGUUUUUAAAUUCAAGGCAAAACAAAUAAAGGUGUUUAAUAGCUUAGGGAUCCUAUAGAAAAGCAGCUCUGUGAGAUUUCAGUGACAAACCGUCAUUAUCUUGCACUUAAAUGUCUGUACAGAUAUAGGCACCUGUUGCAUCACUGCUCAGUCUUUCUUCUUGUUCGCAGGUGUCUUUUCUAUGGUUGUGCUGUGUGCAUGUUCGUGAAUGUGGAUGCAAAAAGCUUCUGCAUUAUAUUUUUUAACGCUCAAUAUAUUCAUCAGUCCAAAACCACAGAAGGUAAUCUGUAACCUUGACAUCUUUAUUGUGCGCUCCAGUAUUUUAAGUGUCAUAUUUAUUGUGUUUUUGUCCAUUGUCUUGGUUCGAAUGUUUUCUAAAUUAGCUUUUCACGUCACAAUAGGAGUGUCAAUCAGCAGCUGAAAGCAGCUGUCUGUCACCACAUGACUUCAGGCUUUUCUUUGUCAGUUUCUUUCCUUUAAGGAGAGCAUGGCUUUAUAAUCCAACCCUCAUGACGAGUCGGCUGUGAGUGUGAAGUUGUGGUGACACGCUGUUCCCCCUCUCGCUCUGUAUGAAAAGCCUUAUUAUCUGCCACAUGGCCACAGCAUGUGUUCUUGGAUCUGUUGGAGGGUCUGACACAGACCUCUUCUCCCACGCAGUCUGAGAAUAACAGUUCCACGUUUGUGAUUCAGCUGCGGCCACGUGGUGGCGCUGCAGCUUCACCGUCCUGUUACUAGGGUAACCAGGGACAUGGACUUCUCACACUUUUAUAGCAUUAUGGUGAGACAAUGAAAUCCGGCUAACUGGAUUGUUGCUCUUCAUUAGAGAACCUCAGGUGACAGUGAAAGGUCAAAUGUUGCCAUGUGAACCAAUAAUCGUGUCUGAGCAGCUGACAGGUCUGAGCUGUGCUGGAGGGAGGAGAACACCUGUCUGAGUGCUUUCUCUUAAUGCAAUAUCAUCAUCAGGUUGUUAAAUAGUUCUGGGUACCAAACCUCCACAUGCACUAACUGUAUAUUACACUGUCAACUAUGAAUAUGUGCUGAAAAUGAUCUGUACAUUCACAAUGAGAAGAAAAAAAUCUGUUUUUUUUUACCUCAGUUAUUCCAGCAUGUGUUUCAACCUCUUCCUCUUGUUCUUGUCAAGUGUGUGAAAUGUAAUAAAUGUAAUGAUUUCAAAGAGACAAG